UGAAGUAAUAUAAUGCUUCGUAAACAAAAAUCUCUACAAAAAUCUAGGCACUUUAUUUUAAUAUGUCAACAACCUGGGUGCUAAGUAAAAAAUAUCUUCAACUUUAUAAAAGAGCUGAAUUUUUGUUAUUCAAAGUUGUUUGAUAUGACCCUCAAGGGAGGCUGCAAUCGGAUCGACGUAAAAUGUCAUGAGAUUUCAGACUUUUCCGCAUCAAAUCUCGUGACUUUGACAAUUUGCAAGGACUAGAUUCUUCAUGGCGGCUGGUUACGAUGAGAAUGUCCUGGAUAAUCCAUUCUUUAAGGCUUUAAAAGGAAAAUAUAAGCAUAUAUACGAAAGUUCUUCAGCAAAGCGUUACACUAUAUGCGUUCCAAGAUAUGGUUCCUUGGGUAGACCUGCACCCAGUUUGCAAGAUAUUGAAAAUCAUAUCCUAGUUCCUCAACCUGGCACUGAGAAAUCUUUCUCAACUCUCAACAAUAGGGAGGUUAUUGUUGAUGGACAUUUGCUGCGGACUUCGUCUGGUUUCCAUGAUGUCCGACAGGUUGAAAUUCUAUUUGAAGAGACAUUUUUCAAUGCGAACAAAGAGAGUUUCAGUAUUCUUUGCAUUGAACGACCACUUGAAGGAGGAAACGCAAUAAGCACUAAUGCUCUUGGGCCUUUGGAAUCCAUCCAUGAUUGUAUUGAAUUUUUAUGGCCACCUUACGGUGGCCCUUAUACAUCAAAGCAACAAAUAGAUCGUUCGUUGGACUCCUUUCUAGCCUCUUGGAAUGUGGAAUACGCCCUUCUAGGAUCAUUAAUGGGGAGUGUUAUAUCAGUCCUGAACAGGUUUUUUCCAAUGUUAAUGAAAGAAUCACACUUGAAAAAGACUGCUAAAAGCGGGAAUUUCACAGAGACGACCAAACUUGCUCUGGAGACUUAUGUUAUUCAUAAACUUCACAUCAAACUUUUCCCUGCAGUCUGUUCACUUUCAUCUCAGAAGGAUGCAGCGUUCAACAAAGUUGUUCGCAACCUAUCGGAUAUCCAGCUUAAAGAUCUUGGUAUCAAACCCUCCUUAAGGCAAAACAUACCAUCUGGCAGAAGAACACUCUCCCUUCUAAACAACUAUACAUCUCCAUUGGAGAAAUUCAACUGUCUAAAGAAAACUAUUGUUGCAGUCACAAUGUUAAAAGAAGGAAAAAGUCAGGCUCAAGGCAAAGUUUUGGCAGUUACGGCGGAUGAUCUUCUUCCAAUCUUAGAGUGUCUUGUAAUAAAAUCAGAUGUACCAAAUUGGAUGGCUAACCUGACCUACCUACAUAACUUUCGAUUUUCCAACAAAACUUACGAUGAAUUCAGGUUUUAUAUGUCUUCAUUCGAAGCGGCUGUUGAGUACAUAAAGAACUCCUACCUUCACGAUAGGAGAUUAGACGUCUCACUAAAACCGAAGUUCUUGGAAUCCUCAGACACUUCUUCUACUUUCCGAGAAAUGUUGGCUCGAGGGAGUUCACGUGAAGAUAAGCCCAGUGAUGGACCGUCGCCACUAGAAGUAUUUUUUCAGCAUGUCACCCACUGUCAUGAUGAAGAAGUGAGGAGAAUUUUAAACAGCAGUUCAACGAGAGUCAAGCUUUGUCACCCCCUGUGUUCCUGUGAUCAAUGUGAAAACGUGUUACUCAGACACCGCAAUGAUCCCGAAGCUGUGACGGUUUUCUCCCGGGAUGAUUUAGGAAGGACAGCUUUACACAUUGCCGCAGACUAUGGUCAUACGAGCUCAAUUCAUUUACUCGUCCAAAAAGGUUCAGUUGUAAAUGCCGCUGAUUAUCAUGGCAACAUUCCUCUCCAUCUCGCUUGUCAACGUGGGCACCAACAAGCCACGAUGCUUCUGCUUCAUUACUCUGCUGAUAUCUUGGCGCAAGAUAACGAUGGUAACACUCCAAUCCACCUGUGUUGUUCAAACGGUCACGAGGAGUGUGCGAAGGCGUUGGUGUAUUUUGAUUUGCACAACGACGACCUUGACUUGAAUGCCGUAAAUAAGCAUGGUGACACCCCCCUGCAUCUGGCUGCAAGAUGGGGUUUUGAGAGUAUCGUCAAGAUGUUGUUAGAGAACGGUGCGCUGAGUGACGUAAGAAACAAACGAAACGAAACUCCAGUUGAUUGUGCUUAUAAUAUGCAGAUCAAAAGUUUACUUGGCAUGAAUGAUACGCCGUACGUCGUCAUACCAGACUCAAUCGUUCCUGCUAGAGUACGGCCUCUUUCCUCGUCUGAUAUUGACAAAUCAAAGAGGAUCGAUCCAAACCAAAGUCAGAUUGAAGGAUUUUUGAAAACUGUAUCAGAAGGGGAUAUUAGAAUGGUGUUUCACAAGCUUGGUCUGGAAGAUGAGUGGGAAGUCGUUGAUGAGGAUAUCGACGAUAGUUCUGUUUCACCCAAAGAAUCUCUUCCUAAUCUCUGCCAUCCUCUUUGCCAAUGUGAUAAAUGCAGAAAGUAUCAACAGGAUGUGACUCCGUCGCCUUAUCGUAAAGUUGAUAUCAACAGCCGUGGUUUGGAUGGAAAGACCGCUCUGCAUAUUGCAUCCCUGUAUGGUUUUGAACAAAUCGCGAGCGUUCUACUAAAACACGGAGCACUUGCAAACAUUUUAGAUUAUAAUAGAAAGUGUACAUCACUCCACUUGGCUUGUCAGUACAAUCAUCCUAAGAUUGUUUCCCUCUUGUUACAACAUCACGCCGACGUUGAUUGUCAGGAUGCGCGAGGAAAUACUCCGUUACAUUAUUGCUGUCAAAACGGAAACAUCCAACCCGCCACGAUCUUGAUCAAGAAUGGCGCUACGCUGAAUCUCGUGAAUGAACGCGGGAACAGUCCACUUCAUGAUGCGGCCAGGUGGAGUUGUGUUGACAUCGUGCACUUGUUGAUGGAGAAUGACGCGCCACUUCAUAUCCGAAAUCUUCAGGGCUUAAAGCCACUACAUAUGGCUAAGCAUGACGAGAUUGUGAAAGUUUUAAAUAAACGAACUGCGAUGGAAAGACAUCACGGCGAGCAAACUGGUUCAGAACCCAAAUGGUUCAAGCCAAUGGUUCAAGCCGAAGCAGAAAGUGAAAAAAAUCAUGACGACACAAGAAUCAUACCACCGACAUCUCUUGGAAACACUGAACCCAAUACAUACUCAGAUCAUGUUCGCAACCUCCCGGCAUCCGACGAUCUCCGAUCAAGUCUUGCCGAGCAAUCUUCAGAAGAGACCCAGGCUAAAUUUUUCGACUACUCAUCCUCGCAGCUAUUUUCAGCCUCAUCUAGUUUGAUAUCUUCGACAUCUCCGCCUAUCUCGGGUGUGCCGUUUCCAAGGAAACUCCCCGAGAUCACGACCAGGCAAGAUGACGUCAUUGACCAUCGAUCUGUGGCGAUCGAUAGACUGAAACAUGUCUUGGAAGGAAUAAAAUAUUUUGACAGAGAGGCUGGUUUAAAAAGAACUAAAACAAUUGAUAGAAGUGAACCUUUGGUUAGUCCUUUGUUGAAGUUGCAGUUUUCUAUUGAACAUUUCGAUCAGUCACAACUUCGUAAAGUCUCUGAGAGAACUUCCAAUAAUGAUAGGCAAGAAAACUCCACUGUUGAUCAAGUAGGCAUAAAUCGGGAGGGGAGAACUACUUUUCCAAGUGUGCAGGGGGGUGAUAAUGUAGAUAAUAGUGAUCGUUCGACGAAGCCGGAAAGGGACUAAAAAAGGAGAGGUCGAUGCCCAGAUGAAGAUGAAAAAUGAUAAAGUAAUAUAAAGACAAUUUGCAAGAAGGGAUGGCUCUGCAAAAGCACUAUCGACAUGCAGACAAAGAGGAAAAUUUAUAUUGAAUGUCAGAAUCUUUACUUUGGUACAUUGCGCACGGUGCUAAUUUUGCGU